AUGGAGGAAACCCAAACACAAGACGACAACAACAUUCAAUUCCAAGUUAAUGCAUCAGACAGAGGACAAAAUGCCCCUCUUGUUUUCUCAAGAGAAGCACCCUUUAUAAGGAAAGACUCUUACAAUGCCAAAAAGCUCAAAUCCACCAAUUCUCACCUUCCUGGGACUAGCCACAACAAACUAUGCAGACAGGACAGGCUUGAGUUGGGUCGCUUGUUACAAACUGCUGUUAGUUCCCAUAACUGGGACUUUGCGGAAAGUUUGAUUCUCGUUGCUGAUCCACAAAUACUUAAUGAUGCCCUCUGUAUUACCCUCGAUUCCAUCUGGUUCUUGACCACAGAACUAGAGCUUCAUGGAAUCACACUAUUUAUCAGGAAGAUCAUUGCAAAUGGUGCUUAUGACUUCACUAGAGCCACUCUAAGGACUUCAUUCCUUGCUUCCUGUGUCUCUGCAUGCCAGACCAGAACAAUGACUCUUGUCGAUACCAUUACUGUAAUGGCUCAGAGGCUGCACGAGCGUCUCCAGGAAUGCAAUGGAGACGAAGUCUUGAAGGCAGAAGCGGGUGCUAAGGUGCAAAAGUUUACUGAAUGGGCUCUCAAAUGUAUUGGCAUCCAUUCCAAUCUUCAAGAGGAUACUGAUAAUGUGACGCUCACCUCAGCGGUGGAGACCCAGCUCCGAUUAUCUGCCUUUAAGACCUUCCUUGAUCUUGCUGGCAACCGUCUUACGGGGAAGGACUUCAGUGAGGCCUUUGAUGCCGCUUGCUUUCCUCUCACUCUUUUCUCAAGCUCAUUUGAUCCAGGUUGGGCAUUUGGCAUGUCGGCUGCUGUCAUCCAAGGCUUGCUGGCCAUGUUAGUAGAGGGGGGUGCAGACAAUGUCAAUCAGUGUUUCUUGGAAGCUUCACGUUUUGGAAGUACAGAACUUGUCCGUGUACUAUUGCAGAUUGCCCAAAGAAACAACUUGGAUGUUGAUGUUGAUUUAGCGUUGGGCUUUGCCUCCCAUUACGGCAAGAUAGGCACUAUGGAGUGUUUGGUGGAAGAGGGAAAUGCCGUAGCCUUUUUGGGCCCUUUGAUGAGAGCUGCUGAGAGGGGCUGUAUGCAAGUUGUCGAGUGGUUUGUGCAGAGGGGUUGCCGAGACAUGGAGCUCUGCCUUGCCCUUACUGCAGCCACUUCUAGCUGCCAAGUUCACAUUGCUUCAUAUCUUCUUCCCCAUGUACCCCAGCAGGUUCUUGCAGCGCUUAGUGUUGAAAUUCUCAAAGCUGCUGGUGAACGCAGUGGUGGUUCUCUUGAGGGUGUAUCAUUUCUCCUCCAAUCUGACUUCUUAGGUGAUCCUGCAGCUACUUAUGCUGUUGCAGACAUCAUUGCUAAAUUGGAGGAUGAGGCCGUUGCUCCGGAGCUAAAGGCUUUUCUUAAGGAGCAUUGGUCAGAAGGAGCUUACAUAGAGGGAUUAAGGUUAGGGAAAGAGCAUUACAUGAACCUUGUGAGAAUCAUUAAAUGGGGCGAGUCUCCUAUUUGUUUGAGAGAUCUUCCAGCCCCGCUGAAUGUUGCAAUUGCUUACCUCCCACUCUAUAGAGAGUGUGUCAAGGCAGGGGGUUGCUUGUUUUCUCAACGACUAAGAGGACAGUUGGUCGAAGCCGCAAGAAGGCUUGGUGGGAAUAGACUCUUUGAUGAAACGACGAAUGGUAGAGAUCUUCUGGUGAUUUUGGAGCGUCAUCUUCCCCAAUUUUUGCUCGCUCCCAACAGCAUUGCUUAG